CUGAUCCAUACUGUUCCUUCCGAGUCCGAGCGCGAAGCGGCUGGUGGCGGUGAGUCGGCGGUGUUUCGUGCGGGCGUCGCACCUUAGGCUUCUCCCUUCAUCUCCGGGUGAAAAUUUCGGCGGCGGCGACGGCGACGGUGACGGCGGCGGCGACGACUCGACGACCGUACGUUCAGGAUCGAAGGUUGAUGACGACGGUUGCGAUGCUCGCACGUGGCGCGUAGAGCGGACCACGUUUACGCGUUACGGACGAAACGGAUGCUCAUCACUGACGCUCCGCGCGGAGGGUAAUCGUUGACGGGAGUAUCCGGCGGCUGGGCGGCGGCGACGAGGACGAGGGAGGAGAUCAACGACUACGACGGCCGUGGACGACGGCAACUCGCCGAUCCACGCCCGACGGCCGAUCUGACUGAUUUUUGCGAUCCGGUCACCGAAAGCUUCCAUCAUUCCGUCAAUAACCGUGUGCCGACCCGCAGGGUGGCGAUCGUCCGAUAAGGAUUCUAUCUGCGAUAGACUGGUCGACCAGUCUGUCCGUGGGUGCUUGAAUAACUGCGGCAACUGGAAGUUGGCCCUGAAUGCAGAGCCCCCGUGGCUUUGCUAGCACCCCCACAGUGAUCUGGUCUUAAUCCGCUUCCUUACGACUCACCCAAUUAGCAUUGACAGCUGCCUCUUUGCUGCCUAGCACCUACAGAGUACUAAGUAAUUCAAUCAAACUCAAUCAACAUGAAGGUAACAAAUCUAGAUGAACGUAUCCACGUUUUGGACAGCGAGUCCAACGUUAUGACCGUUAUGAAAGAUAUUGCAAUGAGUGGUUUACAAGAAGAAGCUUUCUAUGUAUUGGAUAUAGGGGAUAUUGUACAAAAGCAUCAAAUCUGGAAAGAAAAAUUGCCACGAGUCGAGCCCUAUUACGCUGUGAAAUGCAACGACAAUUUGAUCGUAAUUGAAGUAUUAGCGGCCCUUGGCAUUAAUUUUGAUUGUGCAUCUAAGAAUGAGAUAAAUAAAGUAUUGAGCCUUGGUGUAGAGCCUUCAAGGAUUAUUUUUGCCAAUCCAGCUAAGCCAGCUUCACAUAUUCGUCACGCUGCUGCAGUGGGAGUAGAUACUAUGACAGUAGAUAACGAAAGCGAGUUGCACAAGAUUAAGAAACUUUUCCCAAUGGCUAAGGUUGUCUUGCGAAUUCGUUGCGAUGCGGAAGUAGCCCUGUGCCCGCUUGGCAUGAAAUUUGGCUGUGAUCCGACAUACGAGGCGCCUAAUCUUCUGCGCCUUGCGUACAACUUGGGCCUUAACGUAGUGGGCUUCAGUUUCCACGUUGGAUCCGGAUGUGAAGAUCCACCGGUGUUUUACCGUGCUAUUUUUCACUGCAAGGUACUAUUCGACAUGGCUACCGAUCUCGGUUUCAAGCCAUACCUCUUGGAUCUUGGUGGUGGUUAUCCGGGCAACAAAGGCACAAGCAUCGACAAAAUCGCCGAGGUUAUUAAUAAAGCUCUCGACGAAUACUUCAACACCGAUGCUGUGCAUGUGAUUGCCGAACCGGGCCGUUUUUACGUCGCAUCUGCCUUUACAUUGGCCACGAGUAUCCACAGCAAACGUUCCAUACGCGGAGACGAAAAUACCAGCGCUGUUACGCACAAUAUGUAUUACAUCAACGAUGGUGUUUACGGGUCAUUUAAUUGUCUGCUGUACGAUCAUCAACAUGUAACUCCUAUUCCUCUGAAGAACGGUUGUGGAAAGAUGAUUCCUUCGAGCGUGUGGGGUCCAACGUGUGACGGACUGGACAAAAUCGUUGAGAAUAUCAUGUUGCACGAUAUGGACCUUGGCGAAUGGAUGAUUUUCGAAAACAUGGGGGCCUAUACAUUGCCUGUUGCUUCGCCGUUUAAUGGCUUUCCCAUUCCUAAGGUUCAUAUUGUCGCUGAUGAAGAGAUUUGGCUUUUAUUAAAAGAUGCUCUACCUUUGACCGAGGACCACUUUGUUAUCGGCAAUACACCAGCUAAUUUGCGACUCGGACUAGAUAUUGGAGGAAACGAUAUCGAUCCGUGGAGGGACGCUGAUCCAAUGGAAUUAGCACCUCCUGAAAUAUUAACAGACACCCCUAAUCCCCCGCCGCAUUUUAUCUUCGAGUAUGUCGAGACGGCACUGAAUUAGCUCGAUUUUAUAAAAGUUCCGCAAAUUUUGGAAUACGUAUGUGCAUUUCAAAGCUGAUGCAUGCAGUUGUUGUGUAAAACAAUUUCUUUUUAAUUUCAUGAAAAAGGUCUGGUAAAUGUCCAAACAUAAUUUUCAAACAGCAUAAUUUCUCGUUUAUCUCUUUUUCUAAAACUUUGAAAUAUUACGUAUACAUAAUUUCACAAACAGAAAUGAAUCUAUAUGCCAAUUUUAAGAUAGUUUGACACACAAUCUAUUUUUUGUUCAGACAAUGCUUUGAAAUUGCUUGUUUUAUUUGCUUUUAUUACAGAUACACUUAAUAAUUAAGAAUUGUAAACUAAGUAGAACGCUAAGCGUGGCUCAUCUGACAUUACUAUCGAUAUUUAAUAUUCGUAAACGUCAAGUAUUUCUCCUGUUGCAUAAUGCAUAAAACAAAUGGUAGAUAUUUACAUGGCAUUCGUGUCUCCAUGUAUAUUAUCUGUGUACUGAAACGCGUUAUAGUUUCUACAUAUAUUUCUGACUAUAAAAGUCAAUGCUUCAACAAAGAACUGUCCAUAAAAGCUAUCUUGCUCAUUACUUUAUCUUCUGUGGAUCUUCGAUGCAUUUAACAUAGAACAAAGCUAUAAUUCGUUUCUGGCAUAGAUUUAUACAUAGACGGAGCACACGUAAAUGUAACAAUAGAAAGAUACGUCACGCUUUCUGUAUAUGUAUGAGGCGGUCAUACGUAGAGAGCAUCGAUUUAAGUGCGCUACGAUUCAGUUUUCGAAUAUUCGAGAUAAGUGAAUAAUUUCUUUAAAAGGCUUAUGGGCAUAUUACUCGGGGCAAGUUUAUGCAUUUUUUUUUCUUAAUCGCUACUUUGAAGCAUUAUUAAAGAAAGAACAUUAGAGAAUAAGGGAAAAAAUUGACUGUACAACAAAUGUGUACUAUACAAGGCACACAAGUGCAGUCUUCGAAACAUUUGCAUGAAAUAAAUGUAAACUCUGUAGGACUGCUAGGAACUGUGCAGCAUUGAGGCAGCUGUCACAAGAACCGAAGAAAAUUAAUUUUUUAUUACUCUAUUAUUAUUAUUAAUAUUAUUGUAACUAUUAUUAUAUAUUGUCAAUUAAUCAUGAUUAAUCAAGUAAAAAACAUAAUACAAUAUAAGAUCAGCAUGUACACAGUC